GUUUGUCGUCCUUGGAAAAAUUUUCUGUACGGGUUUUCCUCCGUUGAGACUAUGGUGUAACAGGAACCAUUUUUCUUGACCAUUUUCCCCAGUUUUUUCCUCGCCCACUUCAGACAACGGGAAAUCGGGUGCAGCACUUGGUUGCAGUAUUCUAGCUUCGCUAUUUUUCGAAGUCAUCAUCCAAACACGAGUUAGGAUUUCUCAGCUUCAAAUUGUCACCGACCGAAUGCUGCUCUUCGGAUAAAAAGUUCCCGCCGAGAAAGAAGGGGGGGAAAUGUUCGUAAAAGAAAAUUGAUGGUUUCUUUCUGAAACUGCGGCUUAUCGGCCCACAUAUUUCCGAUUUUCCGUUGUUCGCAGAUUCUUGUUGUCAACUGUUUUGAAGAAGAAUCAGCUUGCUGCCGCGGAUUCAAUUUCUAAUCCGGAGAUCUCCAUUUUCGUUUUUUUUUUUUUCUUUUUUCCUGAUUUUUUUUUCCCUCCCCUCUUCGAUCCGGUUAUGAACAUCCAAGGGCGAACUCUUCUUCUUCGAUUUCAACCCUUCAGAAACCCUAAAUCGAGAAAAUUGCUCCGUACAGUUUCAGAGAACAAAAAACCUUAGACAUUGGACUAUAAUCUAUAAUCCCUUUCUGUCCCUUGCCCGCGGGGGAUGCUUACCGGAGACCCGUUUCUGUAGGGUUUUCGGAAAAGCGCCGUCGCCAUGAACCGGAAGGUCUUCCAACAUCGGCACUCAUGGUUCUUCUGCUUUCGGAGGCCUGCAGUCUCGCUCUUCUGCCUCGCGCUCGGCGUCUUCGGCAUCGCUUUCGGUGCGAUAGGCGUUUUCCGGCCGAUUUCCGGCUACAGGUGCAGGGAGUUCGAUGUCAGGACUGUCUCGGUGUCUCUGACGACCUCCGGCAACGUCGUUGCUGAUCGUGAUUCCGGUGGGCAGGUGGUUGGAGGGACGGAAAGGCGGAAAGUUAUGGGGUUCGUCGGGAUCCAGACGGGGUUCGCGUCGGCUGGGAGGCGGAGAUCCUUAAGGAAGACGUGGAUGCCGGCCGAUCGCGAGGGCCUAAAACGUUUGGAAGAAGCAACAGGAUUGACCUUCAGAUUUGUGAUUGGAAAAACUAGUGAUCCAAGGAAAAUGUCAGAUCUUCGAAAGGAGAUAGAAGAAUAUGACGACUUCAUGCUUUUAGAUAUUGAGGAAGGGUACAACAAUCUUCCACAUAAAACGUUGGCCUUCUUCACGUCUGCUUAUGGACUGUAUGACGCCGACUUCUAUGUAAAAGCUGAUGAUGAUAUCUACUUAAGGCCAGAUCGCCUGUCAGCCCUUUUGGCAAAGGAACGGUCUCAUCCUUUAACUUACCUGGGAUGCAUGAAGCGAGGUUCAGUUUUCACUGAUCCAAAACUCAAAUGGUAUGAACCUUUAUCGCAUUUGCUUGGUUCAGAGUAUUUUCUUCAUGCUUACGGUCCUAUAUAUGCUCUCUCUGCUAAGGUCGUCGCCAACUUGGUAGCUCUGCCAAACAAUAGUUUGCGGAUGUUCAGCAAUGAAGAUGUCACCGUUGGUGCAUGGAUGCUUGCAAUGAACGUCAACCAUGAGCACAAUAUGGCAUUAUGUCAGACAACUUGCUCAUCUUCCUCAAUUGCUGUUUGGGAUCUUCCAAAGUGUUCAGGGCUCUGCAGUCCAGAAGAACAGCUACUAGCGCUACAUCAGAUGGACAUUUGUUCAGGAGCUCAAACUGCUCGCUAGCUCCAACAUCUUGACGGGAGUAGUAAUUGAGCUUACACCACAGGAAUCUCUUGGCCCGCGAGAUGAGUUCAACGCCAUCCGAUAUGCCAUUCAUCCAUAUAACAAACGGUAUGGAAUUUAUUCAUAGAUUUCCAGAGCCUGCAUUUAUGAUAUUUUGCUGCCCAGGGGCAAAAUCCUUGUUAGCAAUUUGCCGCUAGCGAUAAAAGUCCUUGCCAAGAGACGCAACAGCAUUGACAGUUUUGGUACCAUUCUAUUUUGUUCCCACUGUUAUACAAUUAACUGGACUGCUUGGUCCUCUAGAUGGGGCUACUGAUUGUAACCAGGAUGCCGAAUGCAAAAAAUUUUUAUUAUUUGUUUAAUUUUCUGUAAUAGAAUUGUUUUACCACAAUACGGUAUAGAUGUACUUACUUGCC